AUGGAGCGACCUCCUCUUCCAGAUUUUCCGUCCGUCACGUCACCUGUGCCAUCGUAUCGGUCCAACGUCUCAGACAGCGAGCAGAUCCCUCUUUGGUCUCAAGAAGUCGCUGCAUAUUGGCAAGGUCGACAGCAUGCCUCAAGAGCUUCCAGUAUCAUCUCUACCAGGACGAAGCUUAGCACAAACACUGCGACUGAAGACGCCCGCAGUAUCGACAUUAAUAUUGACCCAUAUCAUUUCAGGAUCAAUCGGGAUGGUUCCCGUAUCACCACCAGCGAGCUCCAAGACACUUUGCCUAAAUACGGUCCACCUGUCCAAGUCGGAGGUGUCAAUGGUGGCGCGAGUGAGAGCACUAAUACGCAGAAUUCACACGAUGAGCGAUCAGUCUCCACUGAGGUACCAGAUUACGAAUCUGGCCAACCUCGGAACCUCCUUUCCAUGAGACCGCUGCCUGUGCACCUUCCUCUCACACCAGAUGACGUCUUCCACCCGCAGAACAGUGGUUCUAGAGCUGCGGCAGACACUAGUCUCACAAGAAACCCCUCGUACACUCCUGGCAAGGAUACGAUAUCCGUCACUAAAAGGCGUGCAGUGUCGGAGGACCAUAUUCAUAAACCUUCUGCUAUCCCACGGAAACCGCUAAACCUCAGCUCACCGCUACGUCGCCGAAACGGAGUAAGGUUGCCCACCCUGAUCACGAAUAUGGUGAAUGAGCAGCAGUCUGAAGCUGGCAGAGAUCGAGACCCUGUUGUAGCUUUAAGGUCUCCAAAUUGCCGACUUCCACGUUCAGCAGAGCCCAGGCUUGGAAAUGACAAUCACUCGUUUUUAUCGAUACCUAGCUCCCCUAUGUUCAUCGGCAGAAAUGCCUCGGGAUCGUUUCCCUCCCCACCGCCGGUGCCUGAUGCCACUCAACCUCCUUCGACCCCUGACGACCAGCGGACGGUCACCGCACACAGUCCUGCCCGAAUAGAAGAAGGCUAUGCAGACACUUAUCCUCCCCCUCCAAUGGAUUCGGAGAAUGAUGUUUCCGUGCAUUAUACCCGGCUGAUACGUACCAUCGAUCGUGAUCAUAGAAAAGCAUUACAUGAACGAGACAAGGACAUUAUAGCUCUCCGCCAACGCCUGCACGAACAAGACACAAUCUAUCGACAAGAACUACGAGGACGAGAUUUUAUGGUUGAUGACCUCAAGAACCGAAUUGCACAUCUGGAGUCGACCACCGAAGCUAAGGUGGAAACGGCCUGCAAUGCCAUCGAAGACUUAUGGGAGAACAGGUGGAAAGACAGGGACUUCCACUUAAUGGAAAGAAUGCGCCGUAUGGAAAUAGACCUUCACACCGCCGUGGAAAGAGCCAUACUUGAGCGCGACCAAACAUGGGCGAAGUGGUGGACGGUGAAGUACAAGCAACUGGUAGAGCGGUUGGAGCAGACAGGUCAGCUUUCGCAACAUGACCUCAAGACACUCCAUACAAAUCCACCAAAUCUGUAG